AUGACUAGUGAAGAAAAACCAGUGGCUCAAGUUACAGAAGAAACUGCCAAGUUAGAUAUUUCUGAUAACGCAGGUAAUAAAGAACAAGUUGUUACCCCAUGGGAUGUCGAAGGAGCUGUCGAUGCUGAAGGUAACGCGCAAGCUAUAGACUAUGAUAAGUUGAUUCAAAAAUUCGGUACCAAACCCGUUAACCAAGAAACAUUAGAAAGAUUUGAAAGAGUGACAGGCCAUAAGCCUCAUCAUUUUAUGCAAAAGGGUUACUUCUUCAGUGAACGUGACUUCAACAAGAUUUUAGACUUAUACGAACAAGGGAAGCCAUUCUUUUUAUAUACCGGUAGAGGUCCAUCUAGUGAUUCCAUGCACAUGGGUCAUAUGAUUCCAUUCCUUUUCACUAAGUGGUUGCAAGAUGUAUUCGAUGUUCCAUUAGUUAUUGAAUUAACAGAUGAUGAAAAAUUUUUGUUUAAACAUAAAUUAACCAUCGAUGACGUUAAGAAAUUUGCCAAAGAUAAUGCCAAGGAUAUUAUUGCUGUGGGUUUCAAUCCAGAAAAUACGUUUAUCUUUUCAGACUUACAAUAUAUGGGUGGUGGAUUUUAUGAAACUGUCGUUCGUGUCUCCAGACAAAUUACUGGAUCUACCGCAAAGGCAGUCUUUGGUUUCACCGAUUCUGACUGUAUUGGUAAAUUCCAUUUCGCUUCUAUCCAAAUCGCUUCUGCAUUUCCAAGUUCCUUCCCCGAUGUGUUAGGUUUACCACCAAAGACUCAAUGUCUAAUUCCAUGUGCCAUUGAUCAAGAUCCAUACUUCAGAGUGUGUAGAGAUGUUGCGGAGAAAUUAAAAUAUGCUAAGCCAGCUUUGUUACAUUCCAAGUUUUUCCCAGCUUUGCAAGGUUCUACCACUAAGAUGUCUGCAUCUGAUGAAAAUUCAGCUAUCUUCAUGACAGACACUCCAAAACAAAUUCAAAAGAAAAUCAACAAAUAUGCAUUCAGCGGUGGUCAAGUUUCAAUCGAUCUUCAUAGAGAAUUAGGAGGUAAUCCAGAUGUUGACGUUGCUUACCAAUACUUGGCUUUCUUUAAGGAUGACGAUAAGUUCCUAAAAGAAUGCUAUGACAAAUACAAAUCUGGUGAAUUACUUUCUGGUGAAAUGAAGAAACUUUGUAUCGAAGUUCUACAAGAAUUCGUCAAGGACUUCCAAGAACGUAGAGCCAAGGUUGAUGAUGAAAUAAUGGAAAAAUUCAUGAAACCACAUAAGUUGGUUUGGGGUCAAAAGGAAAGACUGGUUCCUGCCAAACCAAAGGUUAAAGCUCCAAAAGAUUCCAAAAAGAAAUAA